AUGUCCGAGGCCAACAUUGCACCGUGGCAGAGGAUUGCCCAGAGCAAGAAAGCGCGUCGCGAUAGUGCCAUUCCCACAGACUGGCAAUUGCACCAUGGCCAGGUUCCGCAGGACAGGCUCAAUGUCAUCGAUGUCCCUGUAAAAUGUGGUAUCCUGACUCCUUGCGAGGUGGAGAUAACGGAAACAGACGCGCCCGUGUUGGUUAAGAAGAUGAUCAACAUGGAGUAUAGUUCAUACCAGGUGAUCCGAGCGUUCUGCAAGCGGGCGGCGAUUGCACAGCAGCUUGUCAACUGCCUCAGUGAGGUCUUUUUUGAUAAGGCACUGGAAGCUGCCGAGAAACUAGACGCCGAGUACAGAGCGACCGGCCUCACGCGUGGUCCACUUCACGGCCUCCCUGUUUCUCUGAAAGACUGUUUUAAGAUUGACGGCACUGAUGCAAGCAUUGGCUACACGGCCUAUGCCGACAGACCUACAAAGAAGGACGAAGAAUCUGAGAUCACGAAAAUAAUGCGAGAAAGUGGUGCUAUUUUGUUCUGCAAGACCAACGUCCCAACAGGCAUGAUGGCUGGUGAGACGUAUAAUGCUAUUUACGGCUAUACCGCCAACCCCUACAAUCGGAACCUCUCUAGCGGUGGCUCAUCAGGUGGCGAAAGUGCGUUAUUAGCUCUCCGAGGCUCACCUCUAGGGGUUGGUACCGACGUCGGAGGAUCUGUUCGAAUUCCAGCCUCAUUCUGCGGUCUCUAUUGCCUGAAACCCUCUUCUGGUCGCUUCCCUACAUAUGGCCUCCAAGAUGGCAUGCAGGGUCAGGAGGCGGUGCGGAACUCAGUUGGACCUAUGGCAAAGUCCCUUGACGGUGUUGAACUAUGGAGCAGAGCUGUGUUGACGAGCGAACCCUGGAUGCAUGCUGAUCCUGAUUGUCUCCCUAUUCAAUAUCGUGAUGUGGACAUACCAAAGAAGCUGUGUUUUGGCCUUCUCCUUGACGACGGCAUUGUCAAACCUCUCGCUCCUGUUUCUCGUGCUCUUCUCCAGACAAAGUCUUCCUUGGAAGCUGCGGGACACACCGUUAUCCAAUUUAACAUCGAUGAUCCCCUGUACACCGACAACCUCAAGUUCGCCCUAUACCGUUCCGCUGCAGCAGAUACAGUCAAAAGCAUCCUCGCCCAAACAAAAGAGCCUUGGCCACGUGGAAUGGAAAUGCUCGAAGCGAUGGCGAACAAAGAGAACAAGGGCGACGAUUCAAACUGUCCAGCUACAGUUACCGAUCUCUGGAAGGCGCAGAUCAAACGAACCGAGUACGCGAAACAUAUACUGAACUCAUGGGCAGCAACCAAGACCAGGACAGGAACAGGUAGAGAAAUGGACGCGCUGCUGAUACCAUGUACAGUGUGGCCGGCUUCCGAGAAAUACAAAUUCAUAUACGACAACUACACCAGUCUGUGGAAUGUGCUUGAUUACUGUGCGACGACUGUCCCGGUUACCCACGCUUCGUACACCGACGCAAAGCCAGAGUACGAGGGUCGGAGCGAGUUGGAAGCUAAAGUUUGGAGAGACUAUUCGCCCGAGAAGUUCGCAGGCGCACCUGUCGGUAUCCAACUUGUAGGUCGGCGUUUGAACGAGGAAUAUCUCCUGGGAGUUACGCGGGCCUGUGAUAAUGCUUUAAAAGCCGCCAAGAACAUUUCCAAUGGGUGUGGAAUGUAA